CCUCCAAAAAGGAAAUUUAAAAUCGAUGUUGAGCUACUUGCUACAUAUAUAGCAAGUGAGGGGAAUCCUCCAAGAAAGGCUUCAUGCCUUGAAGGGGGUUAUUGGUAUUUGGCAGCUAAGUUCUGCACUUCUUCCAAACAACCAAGCAACAGGCUUUGCCUAGCUGUUAGGAACUACUAUGCUCAGAAUCUGAAGUCAUUAUUAGAAAAAGUUGCUGAGUUAAGGAAUAACACGUGUAAAGUUACUAUCAAUGAUAAGCCUAUGGAUCAAGAGAGUGUCUCAGUGGCACACACCAUGGAUCAAGAGAGUAUCUCAGUCGUACACACCAUCAUGGAACAAGAAGAAGAUAAGGUAAGCUCAUGACUACAAUGCAUAAUAAAUACUUGUCAAAUUUUCCAUCUUUUAUUGCAGCUAUAUGUAGUUAUUGCAUAUGUGAAUGUCAAAAUUGAAGGGGCGAACAUGAACCAUCAAUUGACAUUGUUUAGAUAACAUUAAAAUAAAUAAAAUAAAUCUAGCUCUUA